CAGACUGUGGAUAGAGAUACAAAAAUAGGACUCACCACCACCACCUCGCCCUACAUCUGACAAAGUGGGAACAGAAGCAGUUAAGGAAUGAACAGCAGAACCGUUUCUACACCAACAGAAUUUCCUGUACAUGGGCUGGUUAAAAGAUUACUCUGUCCCUCAGCAGUUCCAGUGCCCUCAAAGCAAUCUAUCUCUGAAGUACUGGCUAUCUUCUGAGCGAGUGCCAGAAGAUCCAGCUUUGUUGAAAAGCGAAGCCGUUAGUCCCUUAAUACAAAGGAUCAGGGAUAGCAGAGAUGAAAGUAUAAUGGAAGCAACUGGAGGAUUCCAGGUCCACUUUCACCCAAGUAAUGGAGAGGGAAGUUUCAUCGAAACUUCUUCAGCUGCAGAUCUAGAAGUCGUUAGCUAUUCUAGCAAAGUAUCUGUCACAGAAAGGUGCUUCAUAAAGGUCUGCACUGUGCUCCUUUGACCUGUGUCUUCAAGCAUGUGCUUUCAUAACAGAUUAAAGAUGACUGAAAAUUAUCUGCCACUCAUUGCAUGAAAGGUGGGAUCUGUAGACCUCCCUCUUGAAUUUGGGAGGGUUCUGUGACUGCUGUGACCAAUGAACAUGGCAGAAGUGAUGCUUUGCCAACUUCUGGGUCCAGGCUAUACAAGACAGGCAGUUCCACUCACUCUCUUAGAUCCAUGUAAAAAGUUCAUCUACCUUGCUGGAAAAACCAUGUAGAGAGGCCCUGAGACUACAUUGGGUGGGAGAGGGGCUCAGCUGGACCAUCUUCCAACUGUCCCCAUCAAGAUGACAGAAAUAUAAAUGAAGGCUUCUUGAACUCCAGAGCAGCCAUGCUACAAGCUAAAUGCCACCAAGUGACCCCAGUUAAUACCACGUGGAGCAAAAAUAUCACCUAACCAAGCACUGCCUGAGUUUCUGACCCCACAGAAUUCUGACCCCAUACAAAUAAAAUAAUUUUUGUAAUUUUUUAUAAUUUGUCAUGUAAUAGAUAAAUGGAACAGCCUUCUUCCACUCUUUUAAGUAGCUGCAAGAAAUCUUAUUCAAGCAGAAGGAAGUUUCUACUUUGUUCAUACAGUCUCAAGACAUCCCUGGAGCCUUUCAAGGGAAAUUUGGGCAGAAGUAGGUAGAGAGGUAAAACUAUUAUGUAACAUUACUUAACAUGAUUAAAACCACCUUAAUGUCUCCCAUCCUCAAAGGUUGCCAGUGAAUUGGAAAUUAAUGGAUUAAAUGAGGACAGAGAAACUAGUAUUUGUUGUGCAUAUGCACUGUGCCAGGUAUUUAACAUAUCUUAGCUCAUGUGGUCUUCGAAACAACCCCAUAUUGUAGUAUCAGGCUCACAUGGGUAACUAACUAGUGCAAAGACACAAGGCUCACAAACUGGUACUUGAACCUAGAGCUCUUUGACUCCAAUUCCUAUGUACGUGCCCCAGUACUAUGUUGACUCCCAAGGUGUAAAUCUUUUACAAACAAUUAAAAUGGGAAUUUUCAUUUAUACAUAAUUUUUGCUUAUGAUGUCUUUUUGUCACUUGCAUAAAUAAUAGAUAUGUAACUUUAAAUCAGCAAUAUACUGGCUAUCAACCAGUUUCAUGUAAAUUUUUCUAACAGA